CCGCUCUCGGCUCCCUGAAACCUCCUCCAGUCCCAGGCGGCCACCGUUCCACGCUGGGACGGUGGCAUCAAGUACGUGCGCUUCGCCGACGUCCAAGACGCGCUGCUCGCAUUCAUGACGACCGAGCGCCUGAUCAACGUCAGCAACGAUGCCAUCUCGAUUCAGGGGUACUUCGACGGUGACAGCGAGCUGGCGACCGCCAACCCCGAGUUGGUGAAGGGCUUCGCAUCGUUCGCGGUGCAGGAGGGUGGUGCCAGGCUGCUGAACCUCGUCCGGUACUUACUGGUCGAGAGGCUGCUUCCGGUCUCCUCGGCCAAACUGGCCGACAUCUACAACGUCACGGGCAACGAGGCAUUCGGCGUCCGUGUUGCUGCCUGCAGGCGAGAGGUGGUUGGCCUGACGCCGCGCGCCUGGGCCGACCUGAUCUUUCGCAACCUGCUGGGCCUGAAGUACGACACGGUGGACGCCCUGGCUCGUGACGUGGUCAACUCGGCGUUCGACCAGCUCGCCGGCUGGGUGGCGGACGCGGAGACGGCGGAGGGCGCCAAGCAGCGACUGCAGAGGACCCGCUUGCUCCUGGGCCGCGCCGCCGCCAAGGAGAGCCUCAAGGCGCGCUACAGUCACGUCAAGGCGCCCAGCGACGGCGCGCCCUUCAUCGUGUGGCUUCUCCAGACGCUGCAGGUGGGCCGCAAGCGCCUCGCCGAGGCGUUGCGCAAGGGGAGCGCCGCGCCGUAUCUGGAUGCCGACGACCCGGAGCUCCAGGUCCUCGAUUCGUAUCCCAAGGCGAUCCUGGACCCAGUCCGGCUGGAGGUUCUGGUGACUCCAGCGAUGCUGUUCCCGCCUUUUCUGGCGGAAGACGUGCCCAGCGCAGUCAACUACGGCGCCAUCGGAAGCCUCGUGGGAUCGCUGCUGGCGCAGUCGCUGGACCCGUCCGUCGGCGCGUACGACGUGCUGGGACGCAGGCUGGACGCAAGCUGGUAUUCGGAGGAGAGCGUCAGCGCCCGCAAGGUCACCCUGGAGUGCGUCGGCGCAAAGAGUGCGCCACAAGAGAGCGGCUCGCUGUCCCAUGACCAGACAAACGAGGUGCUGGCUAACACCUUGGGACUCCGCAUGGCGCAUGCCGCCUUCCUCGCUAAGCUGGACGUGAACAGCACCCGGAAGGCGACCGCCGGCGCCGAGUGGAGCGGGCCCUUCUACUCCGGCCGCGCCGAUGACGUCAGGGGCCUGCAGCGGCUCUUCUUCGCCGCCCACUGUUUCCAGCUGUGCGGCGUGUCGCUGCCGCCAAGCGUCGCCACCUCCGGGCUGCCACUGCGCGACCGGUGCAACCUGCCGCUCAUGAACUACGCCGAGUUCGGGCGCGCGUUCGACUGCCCCGCCGACAGCGCCAUGGCUGCCGACGCGACCAACAGCUGCUUCCCGGAACUUUCGGCUCAUUGACUUCGCUUCGUUCUUCUAGCUUAGUUAAUUCGGUACUUUUUAUUGUCGAUAUAAUCGGGAGCUCUGCCCGGAUUUCGGUACAUUUUUCUUCUUAUGUGUUUUUUUUUUUAAUAUAGCCCAUUUUUAUGCUCGUCAGUUGGAGCAAUGCACGUUCGAUUUAAGCAAUCAGAGUGUUCUGAGGCCGUUAAUUUCACUAACGUCGCUUCUGAGCUUAUACUACUUACUUUACUGUUUUGUACUCGGCUAUGAACACGCAUAUUGAACGAAUUAGGUCUUGAAGGUUAUCGCGUCUAUAUUAAACCAAUCUCUCAGGCGCACGUCACACUUGCCCGACAUUUAUUUGAUUGUCUUCUUUGGUCCUUUAUCUGUACUGACUUUUCUUUGCAGGGGGAGGGACGUUUUUCAUUCAUGUGCCACAAAUAUCACUGAUGCUAUUUAAUCGUUACUGAUAGUUGGUAGUCAUACAGGGCUAAGGUCAGUAAGGUCAUCACCAAUUGAACAAUACAUGGCUUGGCCUACAGGACCAAGUAUUAAAAAUAAACUGAUUAUU